CUCCACAAUAAUCGCCGCCCUUACUCACUCGCUCUUUCCCAAACUGCGGCAUGUUAUGCUACGUACUCUGUCGCGAACGAUAACACGAGCCAUGGCCUCCUCCGAGCCCGUACGCGUCCCUAUCCCGAAGAAUGGCGUCGACUACCGCGGCACCGUUGUGCUCGCGCCCAUGGUGCGCUCCGGCGAGCUGCCUUCACGACUGCUUGCGCUGAAAUACGGCGCAGAUCUAGUGUGGGGCCCCGAGACCAUCGACCGUGCAAUAAUCGGCACAACGCGGCGCCUCAACCCACACACCCAAACCCUCGAAUGGUCGCGCCUGCCAACCUCGAAACUCAAGAACCCGCACCUUGACCCCGAGAACCGCGAAAGCGUGCUGUACCGUAUCCAUCCGGAGCUCGAGAAGGGCAAGCUGAUCUACCAAAUGGGCACCGCGAACCCCGAACUCGCCGUGCAAGCCGCCAAAAUGGUCGCCGCGGAUGUCGCGGGCAUAGAUGUGAACUCCGGGUGUCCGAAGCCGUUUUCGACUGCGGGAGGUAUGGGCGCUGCGCUACUCAAGACGCCGGACUUACUCUGCAAUAUCCUGACGAGCCUGGUGGAGGAAGUUGGUAAGCCGUAUGAGAUCGGUGUUAGUGUCAAGAUUCGGAUUCUGGAUGAUCCAGAAGAUACGAGGAAGUUGGUGGAAAGGCUGGUCAAGACGGGUAUCACGGGGCUCACAGUGCACUGCCGCACGACACCCAUGCGGCCCAGGGAGAGGGCUAUCCGCGGCCAGCUGAAGAUGGUGGGCGAGAUUUGUCACGCUGCAGGCGUCGCGUGUGUUAUGAAUGGUGAUGUGACGAGUCGCACCGAGGCGCUCGCGCUCAUGAAAGAGUUCAAUGUCGAUGGUGCUAUGAUUGCGACCGAGGCGGAGAAGAACCCCAGCUGCUUCAGACCAGAUGCCGAGGGCGGGCCGCACGAGUGGAAGAGCCAGUGGAAGACGGUGGUGGCGGGGUAUAUGAAGCUCGCCAUUCAAGUCGAAAACCGCUGGGGAAACACGAAGUACCUGCUUGGCCAGAUGAUUCCUGGGCGAGAAGAGGCGUACAAGGCCAUGAACAGGAGCAAGUGCUAUGCCGACGUUAUCAAAGCUCUCGAGCUUGAGAACGUGGACGACUUGCUGGAGAAGGCGAAGGUUGUUGAUCAGCACUUGGGCAUUCCGAAGGAGGAGUUGAGUAAGGCGCAGAAGAGACAGAGAGUCAAGGAGAGCCUGCAGCAGGGGAGCGGCGAGCAGGAGCAGCCUGAAGCGAAGCGUGUGAAGGUCCCUGACUCGGCGGUCGUGGAUGGGAGUAUGGCGUCUACGGCUGAAGUGGCUACGGCAUUGGCUGCAUAGGUCGCAUUCAAGGAAGAAGACCACGGUGGGUAUCUGUUUUGCAUUGCGUGGCUGGGGAUAAGGCAAGGCGUUUGAGCAUUUACAAGGAAAUAGGAUGCACAACCCGCGGUCUGGCGCGAGUGCAAAGUGUAAGGAAAUCUAACAGC